UGAGUACAAUCUCAGUGCUCCACAAACCCCCACACUCAAAAACAGAGUACAGAGGGCUCUGGCAUUUUAGAGAGAGAAUGUCAUCGGCAGCAUCAAUGGAGUCUCUGAUUCUGCAACUCCACGAGAUCUCGGCCGUGAAAUUCGGCAGCUUCAAGCUGAAAUCAGGCAUAACCUCUCCAAUCUACAUCGACCUCCGUCUCAUCGUCUCCUACCCCACCCUCCUCAGCCAAAUCUCUCAAACCCUAAUCGCCUCCCUCCCCUCCGCCACCUCCUACGACGUCGUCUGCGGCGUCCCCUACACCGCCCUCCCCAUCGCCACCUGCAUCUCCACCGCCAACGCCGUCCCCAUGCUCAUGCGCCGCAAGGAGAUCAAGGACUACGGCACCGCCAAGGCCAUCGAGGGCGCCUUCAAGGAGAACCAAAUCUGUCUCAUCAUCGAGGACCUCGUCACCAGCGGCGCCUCCGUGCUCGAGACGGCGGCGCCGCUGCGUGCGGCGGGGCUGAAGGUGACGGACGCGGUGGUGAUGAUUGACCGGGAGCAAGGGGGGAGGGAGAAUUUGGCGCAGAAUGGGAUCACGCUGCACUCGAUCGUGAAGCUGACUGAGAUGGUUAGGAUUUUGAAGGAGAAGGGGAGGGUUUCGGAGGAGACGGAGGGGAUGGUGCUGAAGUUCCUGGAGGAUAAUCGGAAGGUUGCGGUACCGGCACCGGCGGCGGACCCUAGGGUUAAGGUUCCUUAUGGGGAUAGAGCGAAGAUGGCGAAGAAUCCAACUAGUAAGAGGUUGUUUGAGGUGAUGGUGAAGAAGGAGAGUAAUCUUUGUUUGGCUGCCGAUGUUGCCACUGCUGCUGAGUUGCUUGACAUUGCUGAGAAGGUUGGACAGGAGAUCUGCAUGUUGAAAACCCAUGUUGAUAUAUUGCCUGAUUUUACCCCGGAUUUUGGUUCUAAACUUCGUGAGAUUGCAGAUAAGCAUAAUUUCUUAAUAUUUGAAGAUCGUAAAUUUGCUGACAUUGGUAAUACAGUGACAAUGCAGUAUGAAGGAGGUAUCUUCCGAAUAUUGGAUUGGGCGGAUAUAGUUAAUGCUCACAUUAUCUCAGGCCCUGGAAUUGUUGAUGGUCUGAAAUUGAAGGGUUUGCCUCGUGGUAGGGGCUUGUUGCUACUUGCUGAAAUGAGUUCAGCCGGUAACCUUGCCAAGGGAGACUACACAGCCGCAGCAAUGAAAAUUGCUGAGGAACACUCAGAUUUCGUCAUUGGCUUCAUCUCUGUUAAUCCAGCAUCAUGGCCAGGAGGACCAGGAAAUCCUGCAUUUAUUCAUGCAACUCCUGGAGUUCAAUUGGUAAAAGGCGGUGAUGCUCUUGGCCAGCAAUAUAACACCCCGUAUUCUGUCAUUGCUGAUAGAGGUAGUGACAUCAUAAUUGUGGGUCGUGGAAUUAUCAAGGCUGCGGACCCUGCAGAGACAGCUCGUGAGUACCGUCUUCAAGGAUGGGAUGCAUAUUCAAUUAACUGCAAAUAAGGAUCCUAUUUGGUUUGCUCCUGCACGAUUUGCUUCAAGUUUUUGCAAUUAGUUAUUGAGUUUCAUGUGACAUAUAAUUCAAAACCUUUACAUGCUUUUGAGUGCAAUAUAUAAUUAGAUAUUUUGGUAUUUAUAUAUAUAUUAUCGAUGUUCAGGAAAUCGGCAGUGCUUGGGCUUUUGGUUCCAUGUCUGUAAAAUAAUUUCUGAAUAUUUUUAAAUGGUCUUGUGUACUGUUGUUAUUCCAUAAUGUGGUUCAUUUAAUUGAUCCAA